AUGGCCCCGCUCACCCUGUACAGCUGGCCAACACCAAACGGCAUCAAGGCGUCCAUCACCCUUGAAGAGCUUGGUAUACCGUACAGGGUCGAACCUAUCAACAUCUCUACCAAUAUCCAGAAGGAAGAGUGGUACUUAAAGAUAAACCCCAACGGCCGCAUCCCCGCCCUGCUCGACGGCGACCAGCGCGUGUUUGAAAGCGGAGCUAUCAUGCUCUAUCUAGCCGACAGGUAUGACCAGGAGAGAAAGAUUAGCUAUGCGCCUGGCACCCCGGAAUACGUGGAGCAGCUAUCGUGGUUAAUGUUCCAAAUGGGAGGGCUUGGGCCGAUGAUGGGCCAAGCAGAGCACUUCCGGCUCUUUGCCACCACGCGCUCCGACUACGGAAUCAAGCGGUACAUCGACGAGACGAGGCGCCUAUAUAGUGUUCUAGACUCGCGACUCAGGGAAAGCGCGUACCUCGCUGGUUCCAAAUAUACCAUUGCGGACAUUGCAAACUUCUCGUGGGUUCAGAUCGGGCCGGCUGCACUGGAACUCGAUCUGGUCGAGUGGCCGGCGUUGCACAGGUGGGUGGCAAGGAUCAGGGAGCGUGAGGCGGUACAGAGGGGAACUGUGAUUCCAAAGACAGAUACAACGCCGGAGGAGAUGGUUGCGCGGUUUAGGGCAUUUCGGGAGAGGAUCGAUGCAAUGGGGAACACGGAUGUUCAUUAA